AUGGCCACCCAGGUCAAGUUCGCCGUCAUCGGCGACGCCUUCGUCGACAUCUCCGUCGGCCCCCUCGACGCCCUCCCCUCCCCCGGCGCGGACGUCGAGGUGGAGACGGUGUCGCAGGGCCCGGGCGGAUCCGCGCUCAACACCGCGUGGCAUCUCGCCGCGCAGGGCGUCCCCGCAACGCUGCACGCGGCCGUGGGCCAGGAUCGCAUGGCGCAGGUGCUCACCGCCGCUCUGAAGAACGAGUCAAAGGUGACGGACCCGGCCAAGUCCCUCGCGGUGCUCAAGUACCAGGCCACCGCCACCUGCGUCGCCAUGCACGGACCGCGCGUCGAUCGCACCUUCGUCUCGACGUACGGCGCCGCGAAGACCGCGACGCUCAACCAGCUCCUCCCGGGGGGCAACGCGGACGCCCUCGACGCCACGCACGUGCACAUCGGGGGCUUUUACGUCUGCCGCGGCGUCCACGGCGGCCUGGCCGCGUGCGUCAAGCGCCUGAAGGCUCGCGGGAUCAAGGUGAGCAUGGAUCCCAACUUUGACGCCACCGGCGAGUGGACCCCGCCAGCGAUGAUGACCGCCGUGCGCGGCCCCGCCGCGGUGGACGUGCUCAUGCCCUCCGAGGUCGAGGCGUGCGAGAUCACCGGCAAGGAUACCGCGGAGGAGGCGCUCGAGGUCCUCGUCGGCGGCACAAACACAGCUGGAGGCGGACCAACCGAGUCAUCAUUCGACGGCGUCGGCCUCGUCGUCAUCAAGCGCGGCGCGCGGGGGGUCCUCGCGGGCGACUCCUCCGGCAGGCGGUGGGCGGUGCCCGCGUGCACGGUGUCCAGGGUGGUGGACACCAACGGCGCGGGCGACGCCUUCAACGCGGGGUUCCUGCGCGUCUGGUCGCAGGGGCUGGACGUCGGCGCGGCGCUCAUGGCUGGGUGCGCCGCCGCCGCCAUCGCCGCGCAGCACUCGGGCGCGGUGGGAGCGUGGGCGCCCGAUCGGAAGAUCGUCGACGCGCAGUCCGAGGCGGAGUACGGGGACAAGCCCUGGUGGCAGAAGGGGAUCUUGGCGUGCAUGGCGCCCAGGAGGCCGGUGUGA